AUGGAUGCUCAAUCCGCAGAUUCCCGGCAAUCCCUCAAUAAAGGAGAGCCUAAAGUGAAUUCAUCAGGGAGCCAGACACCCAAUUCAUCAACUCCUCAGAGAAACAAGGUUCAACAACCAAAACCACAGGCACUCCCCACUCGAUCUGGGACAUCAGCAAUCCUAGUAUCCACCCGACAAAAGGGCAAUCCCAUUCUGAACCAUAUCAAGCUUCUGCCCUGGGAAUAUUCAGAAAUACCCGCAGAUUAUGUGGUUGGUACUACAACAUGUGCGCUAUUUCUAUCCUUGAAAUACCACCGUCUACACCCAGAAUACAUCUAUUCCCGAGUUCGACUCCUCGCUGGAAAAUACAGCCUGCGCAUUGUCCUAGUCAUGGUCGAUAUCCCCAAUCAUGAGGACCCACUGAAAGAGCUUUCAAAGACAUCCAUAAUCAACAAUCUCAUCUUGAUCCUCUGUUGGUCCGCGCCUGAGGCAGCUCACUAUCUGGAACUUUUCAAGUCAUCCGAAUACGCACAGCCCACGGCAAUCCGGAGUCAACAGCCACAGUCUUAUAAAGACUCGUUAGUUGAAUUUGUGACAACGCCUCGCAGUAUCAAUAAAUCAGAUACUGCGAGCUUAAUAUCUACUUUUGGGAGUUUGCAGAAUGCGAUCAAUGCGCAGCCGGAGCAGAUCGGUUCUGUUCCAGGAUGGGGUGAGAAAAAGGUGCAACAGUGGUGCAAUGCUGUACGAGAAGAUUUCAGGGUUGAAUCUACCAAGAAAGCUGGAACUGCGUUCGCGGUUAAGAACAAGCCAUCGAGGCCUACAAUGUCGCGGAAUACCAAUAUGGAUGAGGAUGAGGAGAUAUUGCGCGCUGUACUUGCCGAGAGUCGAAGGACGGCAGAGUUGGAGGCAGUGGCAAAUUCGGAUCCUUCAAAAUCCGAUGAACCUGCUGAAGAAAUGAGUGAGGGUAUUGCGGCAGCUCUGGCAAGAUUGCGAGAAACAGGGUGA